CACCAACCAUGAGCUUUAGACAGAUUGUUACCGCUGCCAGUAGGUGCAGAGCACUUGCUCGUGGCGCUCCCGCACGCAGUAUUGUUGCUGCUGUCGGCAGCCGCCAAUUUGGCCUCCGUGUGCAGCAUAUCGCUACCAGAAACUACUCGGUAACCACCGAGGGAGAGAACAUCAGUGACAAAAUCGACCAAUUGACCCCCAACCAGUACAGUACUGUGGCAGACCAUUACCUCGAGGCCAUGGCCGACUCUUUGGAGGAAUUGUCGGAAGACCACCCCGAGGUUGACUGCGAGUUGUCGCAGGGUGUUAUGACAUUGACCAUUCCUGCCAAUGGAACCUAUGUGAUUAAUAAGCAGCCUCCCAACAAGCAGAUAUGGCUCAGCAGUCCUAUCAGUGGUCCUAAGAGGUACGACUUGAUCCAGGGCAAGUGGAUAACCCUCAGAGACAACACGUCGUUGACGGAGUUGCUUGAACGGGAGGUGGGCGAAGCUUUGGGGCAGACAGUCGAGUUGGGGUUGGAACAGUAGCACAAAGUGCCAUUGUGAUGCUGCCGAGGGAUUUGGGUGUUGAAUGAAGAGCUUCCCGUGUAAGAAUGGGAUCCAUAGCUACCUUAUAGAACCCGCGUGGUAGCAGCCAACUGCUGGAGCGCUGCUGGUUUCUAGUUUCUGUAAAUAAAUAAUGUCUUAUGAGCGUGGUGUAGUAUGGUAAGGGUGCAGCG